GUUUGCCGCUAGAAAACGGAUUACACGCCUUUGUCUUUUUGGUUAAUUUUUGCUGGAAAUUUUGCUGUCUGGUAAAUCCUCGGACAACAAACCGCAAUUAAAGGAACCAUGUUUGGUUUUUCCUUUUAGUUAUGCUCUGGUUAAGUAAGAUUCAGGAAGACAGAUUAAUUUAAAUCUAACAGCAGUUCAAAGACUGCUUGCCGAAUUAUAAUGCUAAUUGUCACCGUUUGUUGCAUCUGUGCUAAAAUAAAUCCAUAACCUAAAUUCUUUUCCACUCUCUCAACUCAGCCGUUAAAUUACGUUACCGAACAUUAGUUACCUGAAAACCACAAGUGAGGAACCGAAACAUUAGCACAAAAAAAAAAAAAAAAAAAUAAAAUACAAUUUUUUUGUAACUGCUUUUAUUUAAAGUAAAAAAUGCCGAUUACCCGAAGUGCAGAAAACAUUCCAGCUCUGUCUGCAGUGGCUAAAGAGUCAUGUGACUGUGCCAUUUGUCAAGAAACAAUGACUGAAAUGCAAGACUGUGUAAUUACUUUGUGCAACCACGUAUAUCACCGGGAAUGUAUAGGAACUUGGCUUGAAAAGCAACACGAAUGUCCUUGUUGCAAAAGAUUAUGUCAUGUUAAAGACUGCAUACCAAUUACCCUCAAGCCGGCUGAGCAAAGCUUUCAAAGUAGACAAGGUACCAAUUUGCGAGGGCGCGGGCAUAGACAAUUAACUCGCAAUAGGCGUCGUAAUAACCCUCCCAGCUCCCAGUCGUUAAUAGAAGGUGAUAACAAUCAGCAAGUUGCGCAAAGCCCUCGUUCCCUAAACCUGUCCAUGCCAGUAGGUGAUUCAGUCGAUAGGGAUGUAACUAACGUCUCCAAUACGCAACGUAACCUAAAUAAUCAAGUUCGCGACUCUGGUGCCGUAGUGGAUUCCGAUCGAAUAUCACAAAUGGUAGAAGAAAACGUUAGGAGAAUUUUAGCUGGGUUAAAUCUCGACCAAGAUAGGUUACAAACCCAGGCUUACAUACGCCAAUCUAACGACCCUCGUUACCUUGCUAAUAGUAAUAAUAUUACUAACCCGAAUUGUUCGAACCUUCGUACGGAUAAAGUGAUAAAUAUAAUACAGCAUUGGAAUAUAAAAUAUAAUGGAUCCUCCAAGGAAUUAACUGUAGAAGAAUUUCUCUAUCGUGUUAGAGCUCUCACAGAGAUUCACUUGAACGGAGACUUCAAUUUACUAUGUAAACAUAUACCUUUGCUUCUAACCGGAAAGGCCCGCGAAUGGUAUUGGCGCUUUCAUAAGCAAAAUGAAAUUAUCGAGUGGCAAGAUUUUUGUGCUGCCAUACGGUACCAAUAUAGAGAUUAUAGGUCCAAUUUUGAUAUCAGGGAACAAAUUAGAAGUCGAAAACAAAAGCCCGCCGUGUUCGAAAAUAGGAUCGAUAAUAGAUUGUAUGCCAAAGUUAAGUUCUUAGACUUUGAGGAGUUAGGCCUACUGGACACCGGUGCCAAUGUUUCCUGUGUGGGAACAGAUUUGGCGAAAACAGAUUUUUCUAAAUAUUCGCAGUUUCAUCCCUUAAAUACCACGGUAAAAACCGCUGACGGAAUAGACUUUUGGAAAGAAUUCGACUUGGCCCCAGGUUUGAUUUCUUGCAUAUCGGCUGGUCAAUUCUCUUCGGUUGAUACCAUCACUAAUAGUGGUGUAGACACCGUUGAAAUCAGCAAAGAUAAAUCUGAGAAUACUGACGGCAACUUCCCUCUUACAAAACUGCAACAGCAUCAAUUAGAAUGUGUAAAAACUAUGUUCCCGAGUUUUGAAACGCAAGGAUUAGGUCGCACGCCCUUAAUAAAGCAUACGAUUGACGUGGAGGAUGCCAAACCAGUUAAGCAACGGUUCUACCCAGUCAGCCCAAACGUUGAAAAACUGAUGUUCGACGAGGUUGACCGAAUGCUAGACUUAGGUGUUAUUCAAACCUCAAGCAGUCCCUGGAGCUCACCAAUGCGACUAGUUGUAAAACCCG